UAUAGCGCGCACAGUAUGAAGCCUUGAUUUGAUAGGCUCUAGAACGCGGAGUCAAAUUGUGAGAUCUGCAUGUGUUUGCCUGUGCUGAGUUUCCAACAGUGUUGGGCAUUGUGAGAGACUCAAAUGAAGUCUUACGGCUUCACCGUUGUGAGAAGAAGACACUCUUAUAUCUUCGCAAAGACACUGUCCAUAAAAUCAUAAUCGGUCAUCGCUAUGUGGACUUUCCUGUUGCUAUAUUCUGUUUACUUUACUGUACUUUCUGCACAAAAGUUAUGCCCAGCCGUCUGUCAGUGUGAAGGGACGAAUAUCAAAUGUAGCCGACGAAAUUUGCUACAAAUUCCUAAAUGGCUUCCAAAAGAUGUAACAAAUUUAGACCUCAGUGGCAACAAGUUAACGUCAUUUCAGGAUGGAACUUUUCUGAAAUUUCCAAAUUUGAUUGAAUUAAAUCUAAAUGAUAAUGACAUUUCAAAUGUAGCUGAUCUUGGGAAGUUUCCAAAAUCUCUAGAUGUAUUACAUCUAAAGGGAAAUAAAUUGAAAUCACUAUAUGGAAAUUGGAGUCAGUUCACCAAACUGGAUUUCAGUCAAAAUCUAAUUCAAAGUAUUGGCAAUGAAACUUUCAAAGAUAUUACAAGUCUAACAGAAUUAUAUCUGAGCAAGAAUGAAAUUGUAAUUAUAUCUCCUACUGCAUUUGAAGAUCUUCAAAGUUUGCAAACAUUGCAACUUGAUGGAAAUAAUCUAACAGAAUUGCCACAUAUUAUGUGUCCAUCUUUAAAAAUAUUGGAUUUGAGUAGCAACCAACUUAAUACGCUUAAAAGUUUCGCUCUUUCAAAUAUGGUCCCUGCUGUUGAAGUUUUGAAACUAUCUAAUAAUAGAAUCAAAACCUUCGAAAUUGCUGCGUUCACGAAACUGAAACUAAAGCACUUAUAUUUGAAUGGAAACUUACUCGAAAGUGUUGAGAAAAAAUGGAUGUUUGGAAUGCUUAGUUUGGAAUAUUUAUAUCUUCAGAACAACAAGAUUGUUAAUAUCUCCGCUGAGAGUUGGAAGGCAAACUGUUGUCACAUGUUGAAAUACAUAAAUUUAGCUCAAAACAAGCUAAAGCGUGUUUUAUUUGCUGGUGACGCUAGCUUUGGAGACGGAGGCAACUUUCUGAAUUUGAAUGAGUUAAACACUUUAAAUUUUAGUUUAAACGAAAUAUUUGACAUUUCUUAUGGUGGUUCUAAAAGCCCCCACCUUCAACAACUGAAAAUUUUGGAUCUCAGUGGUAAUAGGCUGUCGCUUGUGGAGAAAUCCACAUUUGAAAAAUUGCAAACUUUGGAAGAAAUAGAUUUAAAGAAUAAUCCUAUCAUAGAGAUAACGAAAAACGCUUUUACCUCACUACAAAAACUAAAAGAUUUACAACUAAACAGUAAGGUGUUGUAUUGCGGUUGUAAGUUACGUUGGUUUUCUCAGUGGUUAAAAACCAAAAGUUUUUCUCGUUCAAUUGGGUUUACUUGUAAUCGACCAAAGAAAUUAUCUGGCAUCGAGUUUACAAAGAUACCCACGAAAGAUCUAAUGUGUGACUCAUCCCGUCCUGAGAUAUAUCAGCAUCCCGAAUCCCAGAUUGCUAUGAAAGGAGAUGAUGUACGACUGAGUUGUACAGUCAAGAAUGGCUCGUUGCAAGGGAUAAAAAUACUCUGGCAGAAAAAUAUGAAAAAUAUUGAUAUGGACAAAUCCACGAUAUAUACUCAGGUGGAAGAUAAGUUUGUGUUCUAUAAGAGUAUCUUGUACUUGAAUGACGUCACUGAUGCCAAAGAUAGUGGAGCAUAUCAAUGUGUUGUUAUCGCUGGGAAAGAACGUAUCCCAUCACGCACUGCAAGACUACGCAUUUAUGUUUCUCCCAAAUUUACGAGUACACCUGGGGAUCUGGUAACUAAUCUUGGCGAUGAUAUUCAUUUUAAUUGUUCUGCCAGCGGUCAUCCAGAACCAGAAAUAUAUUUCAGAAAAGUGAAAGUCCCGCAUUUUCGAAGGCAGUAUGAUUUGAAUGGUUUCACCUUUAUAAUACGAAAUGUAUCACACAGCGAUGUUGGUUUGUAUCGAUGUUUUGCAAGAAGUGAAGCUGGCGUGAUAAAUACGACUUUCACACUGAAUGUCAUAGGCAAACCAGUGGCUAUGCACCAAAUGUUAGACAAAGUGAUCCUGAUUAAUGACGCAGCAGUUUUUGUAUGUGCAGCGAAUGCUUGGCCAAGACCAAAAUACACUUGGUACAAGGAUGGUAAAAUACUUGAUUUUACAUCAAGUAACCUGCAACUUCGAUUGGAACAAAAUGCUCAACAUCUCAUCAUACUAAAUGCAGGCUAUGCGGACACUGGGAACUACAAAUGUCUGGUGUCUAACGAUGAAGGGUCUGUUGAAAUGAGUAGUCAGUUAAAAGUCGUUAAAGAUUUCAGGGAAAAGUCUGAUUCAUCAGGAGAUGAAAAUAUAACUCACAAGACCCUAGUUAGUGCAGUGAUAUUCACAGCCGCGUGUACAAUGGUUCUAGCAACCUUGAUCUCCAUGGCAAUAUUACACAUAAUCACACGCAGAGGAUGCCCCUGUUUUAUGCGUCACAAAACGUCCGGGACUGUAGUUCUUGAUUCAUACGCUGCUACAGAUCCAGACAACCGGGACUAUGUGCAAAUGACGGAGAAUGAACCAAAUGAGUCACCUCGGUCUUCGUCAACGUACGUGACGUCUUCGGAUUCCCGUGCACCUUCCGACUUACAAACAUCAUGUUCCGAAAGUGGUUCGAGUAAGGAACAUCGUGAUGGAUCCUAUGAUGGCCGUCAUUCGUCGGGAGUGUGUUCGAUGAACAGCAGUACCAGCUCAUUAGCUUCAACGUCAAAUCAUCGUAAUACUUUUCCUUUCUCUAAUACGAAGACAUAUCUCUACCAGGGCACUGGGGAGGAACUACUUGACAGUAAUUCUACGCAUGAGAAUCCUCAGUCACUGCAAAUCAAACUAAAUGAACAAUAUUUCCCAGGGAGGCGAAAACAUAAGUUGUCUCGUGAUAAGCCGCCAAGAUCACGAGAGAGACAUGUUAACAAGCGGCGAAGAGAACAAGAACGUUUGCAUACUAAUGAGACGUUUGACGCUAGUGCGACCGACGAAUAUAGGACCGAGUCUGUGACAGAAUCUGAGGGAACUGUAUUAUAAUUUGAACUGUACAUAAACAUUGCUGGGUUUUCUUGAGUGUUAUAUUAGGUGACGGUCAAUACUGGGGUCGGUUGAUCUACUUUAUGAUAACACUCAAUGAAACCGAGCCAGAGAGCUUUAAUUAUCAGAUGCCGGUGGUUGUAUAAAACUCGUUAACUACAUUUUGAAUUGUUAAAUUCCUAUUAACUCAGAAAUAUGCAAUUCUGAUUGGCCAAUUCUUUCCUUAAAUACAGUUAAAAGUUAACUAGUCUUUUAUACAACUGGCUCCAGAAGUUUCUACUGUUUGUGGUACUGUUCAUUGAUCACAGACAAUUGAUCGUCGCCGAUUAUCGUAAACCUUGCCGAGAUAAUGUUUUUUACUGGCAUUGAUUAGUUGUGGUUAAAAUGUCGGGAAUACAUCGUUAGCCAUUCAGUUUUCACGAUGCUCUUAGACGAGAAGCUUCAUUCUCUACACUCAUUCGUUCGUUCGUGUAACAAAAAGCUUGUGCUUUGCACCUAUAAUUUAUAUCGCACAUAUUUACGUAAAAUAAAAAUUG